AGCUAGUAGCCAAUCAAACGAAAGCUCCGUUUUGAACGAGGACUUGGAACUUCCUCUCUGAUUGAAACUCACAACAACACCGACCCUUCUGGCUCUGGUCGGGGUUCUCUGACACGGUUUCUCCGAUAAUCUCUUGUUUUGAAGCCUCGCUGUACCCCUUUCUGCCACUUGUUUGAUGGGAACCCAGGAUGGAGAGACAAACUGGGUCGAUGUGGCAAACGAUCUACUCCGCAAGUGUGACCUGAGCUUGAGGCUGAGGAAAAUGACGGACUGUAAUGCAGAUGUUUUUGUUUCUCUGUACGAGAACAUCCUCGGGGAGAAGGUUCCAGAUUAUAUUGCAGUUCCGUGCAGCCAAGAGGACGACGUCCACAACGUCCAGUCAGUGAUCGAUUCUCUGUCUUUGGAUUAUCUGCAGAUCAGCCUUUCACACAUCACAGGUGAGAAUAUUGUCAGAGGAGACAAAGAGUCUAUCCAGAAUCUCCUGGAAAUCUUUGAUGGUCUUCUGGAAUAUCUCAGUGAGGAAAUCAAUGCAGAAUCACAGGACUCAGAGGAGCUGAAGGACGUUCUCCAGGAGGAUGAACACAGUGAAAACACAGAACAGGGAAGUGUUUGUGCCACAAAGCAGACGGAGACACAGCUGGAGGGAGUCUCCCUGUCAUCUAGUGGAGAAUCUGCUGUUCAGUCCAGUAAACCGUCCCUCCAUUCCUGCUCUGCUGAUGGAGUGGAAUCCACCAGUGAGCUCAUCGGACUGGGAGUCUCAGCGCGCAACUUUACUGGCAAACAAGACACCGUUUCUCCUCCAGCACCUGGAGAACAUCCGGAGUCAGAGAUGCCAUCAGCUGUUGCUCUGCAGCCGCCAAACCAGAGCGCCGCACCACGCAGCCACGGAUCCAGCACCCGGUCUCAGAGUCACCCUCCUGCAGCGGGCGGCAGCAGACGGCUGCAGGAGGAGGAGGAGGAGGAGGAGGAAGGGGCUGUUUCUGCCAAAACUCAGACCUCUGAGCCGCUCACCAAUGGAGCUCAUUCUCCUGCUGUCUGCCGCUCUCCAGCUGCCAGCGAGCAGUCGUCCUCCAGCCAGCACAGGAGCAGAGCGGCGGAGCAGCAAACCCUGCAGCCGGCCAACGGAGGCCAGAGGAAGGUGCUUUUUCGGACGCAGCCAGACGUGCUCUUCCUCACCUUGCAGGAUGAGGUUACAGCCAGCAGCCCGUCUCCACCAGACACGGACGAAGAAGGAGAUCACAGCUGCAUGCUCAGGGAGAUGAGGCACAGGAGCAGAAGAAGCUCUGGGAAAUCCAGGAUGACUCCAGACGGUUUGGAUGAGCCUCUGUCCUCCCGCAAAGAGAGGAACAAGCGGGCAGAACGAGAGCUGCACCACAUUUCAGAGAAACUCUCCCAUCGACUGGAAGAACUCGACGAAAUGCUCAGGCGAGUUUUAGGUGAAAGCGGAGAGUUCAGGGAGGAGGACCAGCAGGAGCCUCAGAGGACUCACAGACAGCACACAGGAACAGAUGGAGAAGAAUCUCCUCCACACGCUCACUCCUUGAGCUCCUCUCCUCUUGGAGAUCAGCGUUCUGCCCACGGACAGUUGGAGGACGCCGUGGCAGAGGCGUUGAGCCUGGAGGAUGACAGUCGAAUGAACGCAGUCACGGCAAAUCGCUCAAGUAGAGGGAAACGGCCGUGCCGAUCAUCUCAGUUUAGUGAGUAUCUGGACAGUGAUGCCUACGAGGAGGAGCUGAGAAGAUAUGAAGCAAGGCAGCAAGCGGAGCUCCUGGAGGCUCGCCUCGACGCCCAGAAAGCUGAGCGGGAGUACAGAGAGGCCAUACUCGGGGUUGACUCUGAAGAGGUCAGACUGUCUCCGCCCAAAGCAAAAGCUCAGCACAGAACACAAGCUAACACGCCUGCAAUGAGAAAACCGAGGCGCCCGGAGUCCAGGAGGAAAGCUCCUCAGAUGACAAUCAAAGAGAACGACCUUCUCCCCCUGUUACGGGACGAGCUGCCUCACCUUCACGUCUCUCAUCGUGCCCUGCGCGGCAUGUGGGAGCAGCAGAUGCAGCAGGUGGACAGGCUCCACGCCGCCGCGUCCUCUAACAGCCACCGCCGUCGUAAAGUUUCCAACCAGCUGGAGGAGGCUCAGAGGAAGUACGACCUGCUGCUGGAGCUGGUCCGCAAAGACCAAGAGCACAGCAAACGGCUGGGAGACUUUAAGGAGCGCAUCAAGCAGCAGAAGUCCGCCCAGAACAGACUGAGGGAGCAGAGGCAGCAGGUGGCCCGCGGCAAAAAGUACCACAGCGACUUCCACGUCCAGCACCGCGCCCGCAUGAUGAGGGCCCGCACUAAGGAGGAGCGGGUUUUCCGGCAGCUGUUUCAGGAGGGUUUGGAGUUGCAGAAGGCGCGGCUCAGAGAGCAGAGAGUUCACGCCAGGGAGCAGUGGGCGGAGCGCCAGAGGCAACACCAGGACCAGAUCGAGUCCAUGGAGAACUACUACAAAGACCAGUUUUCACUACUGGCUGAAAAACUUGCACAGGAGCGAGAAGAGGUCCAGGUCAGGAAAACGGCUCAAGAGAAGGCUCUGCUAAAGAUGAAGAGAGAGCUGCGUUCUCGUAUGGAGCGUGAGAUCGGCGAACUGCAGAAGAUCAUCGUCCAGAACGACGAGGACGACUACAUCCAGGAUCUGGAGGUCCAGAGGCUGCGCAACCGAGUCCACAUGGCUUCCUUCCAGUACAACACCAGCUAUUUGCACUGAUGCAGCAACUGGAGGCUUUUAGUCCAGACGGAAAGCGACUUUCACAGCAGAGAGGAAAGUACAAGAACCUGAUGCAGUCUUCAGACUGAAACCAACGAAUCAGGAUUGUGUAGAACGAACUGAAAACACAACAAUGUAGCUAGUAGUGACUCGUUGUCCUUACCUCAGCUGAUCUUAAAACACCUUAGACCAAACUCCCAGCCUCCUCGGGCUCAACGAGUCUGAUCUGAUCUCACUGUGUGGUCUCUGUGCACUUUUUACUGUACUUGCUGUAUUCAUUUGCCAAAUAUGGACUCAAAAAGUCCUGAUUUGGCAAAGUAAAAGUAUGAAAUGUCACACUGACAAGACUUAACCUUUUUACUAAAGGAAACAUUUGGUCUUCCUUUAAUAUUUUAACCAAGGAAAUGAAUUAUUUAUUUAACUUUAUUUUUAACUUGAAUUUUAUCAAAGGCUACGAUAAUCAUUCUGUCUUCAUUUCUGUGAUUGUUUUUUUUAACCUCAGACAAAUCCUUAAAAUAGACCAGGAGUUGAAUCUCUAACACUAUUUUCCUGACACUGUGAAGUCUUCAUGUGUGCUCUGUCACAACACAUUAAACGAGUGGAAUCCGUC